GCUGCGACUGGCAUACGGUGCCGCGUUGGGGUUCUGGGCUGCGCGAGGUGCGCUCACUCUCUGCAGCUGGUGCCGCAGCCGGGUGCGGGGAACAGAACUAGUCCGAGAAAAGCACGUGCCGCGUUUCAGUGAUUGCUGGGCGGGUGUGUACAAGUAGGCCAUACCUGUCUAUGAUUCUUUGAGAACAUUAUAAUGUCCUUUUGUGCCUCUUCUCACAAGGAGUUUUCCUAGCUGUUACCUAUUCAAGACAUGGAUAUCAAAAACUCACCAUCUAGCCUUAACUCUCCUGUCUCCUACAACUGCAGUCAAUCCAUCCUACCCCUGGAGCCAGGCCCCAUAUAUAUACCUUCCUCCUAUGUAGAGAGCCACCAUGAAUAUUCAGCCAUGACAUUCUAUAGCCCUGCCGUGAUGAAUUACAGUAUUCCCAAUAACUCGGAAGGUGGGCCUGGUCGACAGACCACAAGCCCAAAUGUAUUGUGGCCAACUCCUGGGCACCUCUCUCCUUUAGCCAUCCAUUGCCAGUCGUCACUUCUGUAUGCAGAACCUCAAAAGAGUCCUUGGUGUGAAGCGAGAUCAUUAGAACACACCAUACCUGGGAACAGAGAGACAUUGAAAAGGAAGGCUAGUGGAAGCAGUUGUGCCAGCCCUGUUGCUAGUCCAAGUUCAAAGAGGGAUGCCCACUUCUGUGCAGUCUGCAGCGAUUAUGCAUCGGGAUAUCACUAUGGAGUCUGGUCGUGUGAAGGAUGUAAGGCCUUUUUUAAAAGAAGCAUUCAAGGACAUAAUGAUUAUAUUUGUCCAGCUACAAAUCAGUGUACAAUAGAUAAGAACCGGCGUAAAAGCUGCCAGGCCUGCCGACUUCGGAAGUGCUAUGAAGUCGGAAUGGUGAAGUGUGGCUCCCGGAGAGAAAGGUGUGGGUACCGCGUAGUUCGAAGGCAGAGAAAUUCUGAUGAGCAGCUGCACUGCCUGAGCAAAGCCAAGAAAAAUGGUGGACAUGUGACCCGCGUGAAGGAGCUGCUGCUGAGUGCCCUGAGCCCAGAGCAGCUGGUGUUCACACUCCUCGAGGCCGAGCCGCCCCACGUGCUCGUGAGCCGCCCCAGCACACCCUUCACUGAGGCCUCCAUGAUGAUGUCCCUGACGAAGCUGGCUGACAAGGAACUGGUACACAUGAUCGGCUGGGCCAAGAAAAUUCCGGGCUUCGUGGAGCUCAGCCUGUACGACCAAGUGCGGCUCUUGGAGAGCUGCUGGUUGGAGGUGCUCAUGGUGGGGCUGAUGUGGCGCUCCAUUGACCACCCCGGCAAGCUCAUCUUUGCUCCAGACCUCGUUCUGGACAGGCUUCUGCAGCGAGAAAACUUGAACCUACUGAGGAUGAGAGGAAAAUCCGGGUAUCUCAGCUUAUUUCUAACAAGGGAUGAAGGGAAAUGUGUAGAAGGAAUUCUGGAAAUCUUUGACAUGCUCCUGGCAACGACUUCAAGGUUUCGCGAGUUAAAACUCCAACACAAAGAGUAUCUCUGUGUCAAGGCCAUGAUCCUCCUCAACUCCAGUGUGUACCCUUCAGCUGAAGCACCCCAGGAGGCUGACAGCAGCCGGAAACUGGCUCAUCUACUGAACGCUGUGACGGAUGCUCUGGUCUGGGUGAUCGCCAAGAGCGGCAUCCCCUCCCAGCAGCAGUCCGUCCGCCUGGCUAACCUGCUGAUGCUCCUUUCUCACGUCAGGCACGCCAGUAACAAGGGCAUGGAACACCUGCUCAACAUGAAGUGCAAAAAUGUGGUCCCCGUCUACGACCUGCUGCUGGAGAUGCUGAAUGCCCACACACUUCGCGGCAGCAAGUCCUCGGUCACAGGGUCCGGGUGCAGCCUGGUGGAGGAAAGUGAGAGCAAAGAGGGCUCCCGGAACCCCCAGGCUCAGUGAUGCCAAGCCCUGAGGUGUGGUCAGGCUGCAGAGGAGCUCAGAGGCUGAAGCGUGAACUCCAGCACAAAUCGUGAGCCCCGUCAGGAGGGGGCGGGCUUCAUCGGCUUUCUGCUGUGUGAUCCCUCAUACGGCCCCUCAAUACCAUCCUUCCCCGACCUCCCUAUUUCCCAGGAGGCAGGGUGAGAAAGCCAGUGCUCCUUGUCACCAGGGGGCACGUCUGAGUGCAGAGUUUAUGCCUUGCUUGGCCUCGUGGGAUCUCCUUGUGGCCCCUCUCACUUCCCAUCUCCCUCCCACCCUCUGGAAGACAUCUUCUUACAGCUUUUGGAAUGACUGGUGGAAAUCUGACUUGGAAGCGUUGUCGAGUAGAAAGGGGAGAGAAUGGGGCGCGUGCACAGGAAGGGGACUAAGCCUUAUUGUGCCACUUAACCGGCCCGCAGAAUUAGUCCUUUGUCUGCUGCCUUCUGGACCACCUGAUUGUAGGAUCGAAAACCACGAUGGCGGUCAACUAACUGGUUCCACUCACCUACCUCACAGGCCUGUGAGGACAGAUGUCACGUAUUGCUGUGACUCUAUCCAAGGCCAGAGGGAAUGUGACCUGGGGAACCAGUGGUCUAGCUGAGAUGCGAGCCACGUUCAUCCCCCAAGA